AUGAGUACCGAAACUCAACCCCAUAGGGAUGAAAAAUCGCCCGAAUUGGGCACGGUCGCUCGCGAUGGAUUGGCUGGCGUGCAGAGCCCCACUGAGGAUAGAACCGGGCUGGCGGAUCUGGACGGUAUCAAGCGCAACUGGACUCUGCGCAGUCUGAUCGUCAUCUGGAUCUCCGCUGGGCUUAUGGCUUUUGUCAUCACCUUGAAUAACCAGUCAUCAUCUACUUUUACGGCUUAUGCGGCGAGUGGCUUUACCUCCGCCCCAUUGGUGGGCACAAUUGCUGUUGUACAAGCUGUCAUUGCAUCAGCAUGUCUGCAACCUCUUGCGAGAUUUGCCGAUCUAUACGGGCGCCUGGAAAUGUUCCUGUUUUGCAUAGUGCUGACGACAAUUGGAUUGAUCAUGCUUGCCUCUUCGGCGAGUCUAGGCGUUUACGCUGGUGCUCAGGUGUUUUGGGUAUUCGGUCUUGAGGGAAUCACAUUAAUGCUUCAGAUCUUUGCCGGUGAUUCGAGCGAUCUUCAUAAUCGUGCGAUUAUGAAUGCUAUCCCGUAUGCGCCAUCAUUCAUUACCGCUUGGAUCGCUGGUCCCUUCGCGGCAUCUGUCCUCAAAAUCUCGUGGAGAUGGGGCUUUGGAAUUUUCGCGAUUCUCAUUCCCAUCAUUGGGAUUCCACUUUCGUUGGCUCUUUUCCAUAGCAAACGAAAGGCGACGAAACAACAAAAGUCCCAAGGAACAUACAAGCCUCGCAAUCACCUCGCGAACAUCAAGAAACUAGAUCUUAUAGGUCUAAUCUUGUUUGCAGCCGGACUGUCCCUCUUACUUGUGCCUAUCACGCUAGCGGCGAGGACAGCGAAUACAUGGAAAGCCGGCCAUAUUAUCGCUAUGAUCGUGAUUGGCUGCGUCUGCCUUAUUGCAUUUGUCGUGUGGGAGAUCAUGUGGGCUCCCUGGCCUAUGAUGUCCAUGAGGCUGCUCAAGAGCCGCACCGUAAUCUUCGGCAUAGCAGCCUCAUUGAUUGAUUACACGGCACUCUACCUUCUCCAGGACUAUAUUGUCACAUACGAGUUAGUUGCCGCUCAACUUUCCACUAAAGCCGCUACAAACAUCGCGAUUCUUGUUCCCUUUGCCGCUGUUCCCGGACAAUUUGCAUCGGCUUUCUUGGUUAAGUAUACAAAGCGGUAUAAGUGGGUCACAGUCUCCGGAUAUGCUCUCAAUCUUCUUGGACUCGGGUUGUCCUAUAAGUAUAUUAAUGGACACGAUCACUUGGGUGCACUGGUUGUCUCCCAAUUAAUCCUUGGUUUUGGGCAAGGUAUCAUCAAUACUAUGCAGCUUGGCAUGCAAGCAGCCGUCAACCAGGAUGACAUGGCCGCAGUCACUGCUUUGUUCACCGCGUCACUUGGAGUAGGCAGUGCCAUUGGCGGAGCGGUAGCGGGAGGAGUAUGGACUGCUAUUCUCCCUCGAAGACUUCGCGAAUAUCUCCCCAGCGAUGCCCUAGCCGACCUCGCAGAGAUUGAAGGUUCCAUUGAAGUCGCUGCAGGGUAUCCUUGGGGCUCACCCACCCGAAAUGCCAUCAACCACUCAUACACUAGCACAUUCCGGCUGAUGCUACUGAUCGCACUCAUUCUUGAAGUCUUUGCGUUGGGCAGUGCACUCCUGAUUCAGGACCUUAAUGUUAAGACUGUGGACGAUUCGCGGGAGUACAAGGGCAUCGUGAUUGGAAAGACGGGCGCUAUUGAUACGCUGAAGGGAAAGAUUCAUGUUAAGCGGGAUGAAGAUACUGGUAACGGAGUUGUUCCUGCCGAGCAAGUUACACGGGAAAUGUAG